CUUAAAACAAGUUGGCGUUAUUGGCCCGAAUUCAGUAAUUAGCAUGAUCAUGAUGCUAUGCAUUGUUCAGGGGAGCACGCCCCUUGGCCAGCUUUCCCAUUAAGAGGACACCAAUGUUGUCCGGGGGCAUAAAUCCCGGCACAGAUGAUGCAAAUCAGCGAUCCUGCCUGCUGCUCCUGUGCAGUUAAUUUUAGCCAGGGUUUGUUCUCUGAGCUGUAAAACUGUUUAGCCAAGUAGAAGUUAGCAAGCUGAAAUGUGACUUUGCGGCCUAAAGUCAUAGGUCAUCUAUUUUAGACCUCAGAUUGUGUUCAUGAUCGGGAGGGCAGUCUUCUGAUGAAUUGCGGCUCAGACUUCCUUUCAAAGGACUUGAAGAGACAUCACAGCUUUCCCAGAUUGGAAGGAAAAAUAUGGAAUGCGUUUUACCCCUGACUGAACACAACCAAAUGAACUGCACAGACAGUAGUUUGAAAACCAGCAGUUAGCAGUUUGUUCAGCUCCAACAUCGCCCAGCACUUUCCAGAGCAAACUCCCUGUUUACAAGAACUCUCGGCCUUCUGACGCUUAUAACCUCAAGUUCUGUUCAUUUAAAAUAUUUCUGCAAAAGAGAAGCACCGGGAGCUCACGUUCCGAAAUGGCCAUGGAUGAGUAUUUAUGGAUGGUCAUUUUGGGCUUUAUCAUAGCGUUUAUCUUGGCAUUCUCUGUUGGUGCAAACGAUGUUGCCAAUUCGUUCGGUACUGCUGUGGGCUCUGGUGUGGUCACCCUGAGGCAGGCGUGCAUUUUGGCAUCAGUAUUUGAAACCGCCGGUUCGGUGCUGUUGGGAGCGAAGGUAGGAGAGACCAUCCGAAAAGGCAUCAUUGAUGUGAAUCUCUACAACGAGACGGUGGAAACGCUGAUGGCCGGGGAAGUGAGUGCCAUGGUCGGUUCAGCUGUUUGGCAGCUGAUCGCGUCCUUCCUGAGACUGCCAAUCUCAGGAACACAUUGCAUCGUCGGCUCUACGAUAGGGUUCUCGCUCAUUGCCAUCGGCACAAAAGGUGUCCAGUGGAUGGAGCUUGUCAAGAUUGUUGCUUCUUGGUUUAUAUCUCCACUGUUGUCUGGUUUCAUGUCUGGCAUGCUGUUUGUGCUGAUCAGGAUAUUCAUCUUGAAAAAGGAGGACCCUGUCCCCAACGGCCUCCGGGCACUUCCAGUGUUCUAUGCCGCUACGAUAGCAAUCAAUGUGUUCUCCAUCAUGUACACGGGAGUGCCAGUUCUGGGCCUGGUCCUCCCCAUCUGGGCAAUAGCACUCACCUCCCUCGGCGUGGCGCUGCUCUUCGCCCUCUUUGUAUGGCUCUUCGUGUGUCCGUGGAUGCGGAGGAAGAUUGCAGGCAAAUUACAAAAAGAAGGUUCCUUAUCGAGAGUCUCUGAUGAAAGCCUCAGUAAAAUCCAGGGCGUGGAGUCCCCGGUGUUUAAAGAGCUGCCCGGCGCCCGGGCGGAGGAUGACAGCACCAUUCCCCUCACGGGGCCGGCGGGGGAGGCGCCGGGUGCCCCGGAGGGCGCCCCCGUGGGGAGCCGCCCGCGGGCGCCCUAUGGCAGGGCCUUCUCCAUGACCCCCGGCGCCGCCAAGUCGCCCGUGUCCAACGGCACCUUCGGCCUGGACGGCGCACCGAGGAGCGACGGGCACGUGUACCACACGGUGCACAAAGACUCGGGGCUCUACAAGGACCUGCUGCACCGCAUGCGCUCCGACGGCGGCCCCGGGGAGCGGGCGGCGCCCGAGAGCGGCUACCGGCUGCUGCGCCGCAACAACAGCUACACGUGCUACACGGCGGCCAUCUGCGGGCUGCCCACGCUCGCCGCCUGCAGGGCCCCCGGGCCGGCUCCCGCGCCCGAGGACAGCGAGAAGCUGGUGGCCGACGCCGUGUCCUACUCCAAGAAGCGGCUUCGCUACGACAGCUACUCCAGCUACUGCAACGCGGUGGCCGAGGCCGAGAUCGAGGCGGACGAGGGUGGUGUGGAAGUGAAGCUGGCCUCGGAGCUGGCGGACGCCCUCCAGGCCGGGGAGCCGGUGGAGGAGGAAAAGGAGGAGAAGGACGCGGCCGAGGUGCACCUCCUGUUCCACUUCCUGCAGGUGCUCACCGCCUGCUUCGGGUCCUUCGCGCAUGGUGGCAACGACGUGAGUAAUGCCAUUGGCCCCCUGGUAGCUCUGUGGCUGAUUUAUAAGCAGGGUGCUGUCCUGCAAGAGGAAGGGACUCCCAUCUGGCUGCUGCUCUACGGAGGAGUGGGAAUCUGCACCGGCCUCUGGAUCUGGGGGCGGAGAGUGAUCCAGACCAUGGGGAAAGACCUCACUCCGAUCACACCGUCAAGCGGCUUCACCAUUGAGCUGGCCUCCGCGUUCACGGUGGUGAUUGCCUCCAACAUCGGACUUCCGGUCAGCACCACUCACUGCAAGUGAUGUUGCUCUGAAGUCCGUCCUGUGUGCGCUAACCAUGCUCAUAGGCUCAGGUGCCCCCCCCCGCCCAACUCAGUGCCAAGCCAUUGCAGGCACUGGGAGUUGAGAGUGGACCUAGACAUAAACAGAGGCCAUGCCAGUGGAAGUGUAAGGCAGCCGCUUCAGUUCAUCUCCCCCUGCAACGGCCAGAGUGACUGGUGGCUUAGAGUAGACUCCAGAUGAGGGGCAAGUCCUCGUCUCAGCCUCUGCCGGGUGCUCUAGAACUCAGGGCUAGCGGUGGAAUGUGGGAGCUGGGAGCCACCUUAAAGCUGGAUGAAGGGGACGUGAGUCUCGGGAGUUAUCCGCGUCAGCCAGGGUGGAGCUGAGACUGGAACCCAGGUCUGACAACUCAGGUCCACCCGGUGUCUGGACAGAAUUCCACGGCCUCCUCAGUGGGCCUCCUAUGUACGGGAGCAGUCACGAACUUCAGCCAAGCAAAUGCUUGGCGCCUCCAGGUUUUCCUAGGUUUGUUUGUUCGUAUCAUUCAGGAAAUACUCAUUUGUACCUGCGGGGUGGGAGGCACUGGUCUAGGCACUGGGGGUCCCGCGGCCACUGUGACAGAGAUGGCCACUUACAUUUACACACAAUGUACACGUGCCAGCCAGUGUGGUUACAGACAAAUACCACUGCUUGUGAAUGACUUAGUGCCUCAAAUAUUAAGGCCAGGCAGAGUUGGGGGGGGGGGUUGAAGUGGACCAGCUGACCAUGCUGGACCUCUGUGGUGGGGAGAAUCGGUCUCAUUAGAAAGAGGCUUUCAGUUUAUUUUUGCUGCAGUGUUGGACAGAAAACCCUCAGUUCCUGCAGAUGUUCACCACACAAAUAGCUUCCACUUGCUCAGUACACACAGAGGGCCAGGCCCAGCGCUUGGUGCUCUGCACACGCACAGUGGCCGUUAACCUCGUGGGAGCUCUGAACCGGCGCUCUCCUCCCCGGCACGGAGGAGAAAGCAGCUCCCAGAGGCAGGCGGUGCUCCAGCCCCGCACGUCGGCGCGUACAGACCCAGGGUUCGGACUUUCCGCUCGGGGCGGGUGCCCUCUGCUGGGCACUGUGUUAAGUCACUGGGGCUAUGAAUUCAUUUAAUCCUCCCAAGAGCCCGUUGAGGUGCGUGCCAUCCUUACCCCCGUUUCACCGGUGAGGAACCCGAAGCAGAGGAUGGAUGAGUGACUGGCCCGAGACAGCACGCCCUGGGAGCCACACCAGAGCAGAGAGGGCAGGCAGGGGGUGGUCAUUCGUUGUCCUUGUUCUAAGUUACUAAAAAUAACGACGACCACAUGCUCAUUGAAAUAUUUCCAACAAUAUAAAACCAUAUGCAAUGAAAAGUGCCCAUCUUCCCUACUACUCCACGACAGUCUCAUUUCAUAGGGGAAAUAUAUUCUUUCCCCAGGAGAUCGGCUUUGAACUCUUCUGUAGGCAUAACUUGGGGCUGCUUUUAAGUAAAUGUUACCUUAUCUGUUUAAUAAUUAACCCUGCACAUAAGCAAGCCUAGUGAAGGCAAAUUCUUUCACACCAGUUGAAAGAUUUCUUGAAAAGCAGCACAAGUUUGGUUUUUCUGGAUUGUUUUCAUUACUUACCUAACUAGGAGUCUAAGCUAUACUAAUGUAAAAGUGUCAACUGAAAAUACUGAUUUUGCUAAUAGCACUAUUAGCAAAAUAUUUAUAAUACAACUUAUAGAAAUAGAUGAAAAAUAUAAAAUGCCUGUAAAAACUACACUCAUACUUUUAUUUUUUAAAAAGUCAUUUCCUUAAUGUUUAUACUUUAAUAAGGAGGUGCUACUAAGGGACUUACAUCUAGCUUGUGCAGGACCUUAGUGAAUAAGUGUGGAUGCCAUCAUUUUCCUAAAAUAUCUAUACAACGCCUGUGGUAGAUUUUGUUUCCUUAGAGUUGAUGGGUUAGGAUAGCUCAUUGGCACUUAAAACAGGUCUCCUUAACAUGGGACCACAGUCGAUGUCAUCUGUCAAACAGACAAGACAGAGCUCAACGGUGGUUUCUGGUGGGCAGGCCGAGGGUCGCUGAUCACUGGCUUCUGGACACAGCCCAGAGCUGGUCACUGCAGGAGGCAGGGGGCAAAGCCCUGGCCCUGCAGAAUCCGUGCUGCCCAGGAGACCUGCACCUGACUGACUGCAGUGCUGAGAAGCAUUCACAGUUGCCUGCACCCAUUACAACUUAAUUCUUCUGUCCACAUAGUUCUUCUGCAUGCGACAGGCCUCAAGGGGCAAAUAUGGGAUGAAAUAUGAGAGGUGUGGGCUCGUGUUCAGAGUGAAGAAGCCCUGUGUGAGCAAGGCCAUGAAUCUGAAAACAUGCAAAGGGUGUUGCUGUCCACACAGAGUAACUGAAUCCCAUCGUGUUCUCAGGAGCUGUGUUUGAUUUUUCAGCUCUACUUCCUCUCCUGUCUAUUAUUAGGUUUCAUGCUUAGAGCUAACUCCAUUACCUGGUGGGCAAAGUUGGGAACUUGGCAGGAAAAAAGAGGGAAACCAUUGUUGAAAAUAAGCUUUUCCAUUUACCUGGGUAGAUGUCAGCUAUGUCCACUUAGCAGGACACAGGAAUAAAUAAGUGCAUAGUUUCAAUUUUAUUGUACCCUAUUUAAAACAUUUAUAAAACCCUAUUAUAUUAUGUGAUAUGUUAGCUGAAUGUAUAAUUUGGAAAACAAUUAGAAAAAUCACUUUGUCAUGUUUCAUUCGAGAAGACAGGUAUGAAACAGUCUCCUUUGAUGAUACAUUCUGCUUUCUGUGUUUGUGUUACACAUUUUUGGAUUUUAUAUCAGAGGGCUCAGUGCAUUAGAUACUCUCCUGAGAUGAUAACUCUGGUUAAAGCUGAAAGCCUUAAUUAAAGAAACAGAAAUGAGUCUUGAAAAUAAAAGUAUCCGCAGAUGUAA